AUGAGGUCCAGGAUAACCGAGAAUAAAACGGUUGCUGUCAACAGAGGUCCUGACGAGAAUAUCAAAAUCCAAGAACUCAGAGACGUCAGCAACCCCGCCCUCCAAGCCGUCGACCAGGAACACCGCGACGGCCGCUUCGUGGAGCUCAACGUCGUCGAGCAGAUGAAGCAGAUUCAGAAGUUCCCCGAGAUCAAGCGGGCCAUGGAGGAGAGGGGCCUCAGGAUCCACGGCCUGGUCUACAGCAGGACCUGGAACAAGGCCGUGAAGAUCGAGCUGCCCGGGGAGGAGAGGGACUGGCUGACCAGCUAG